CGCAGUGACGGGGCAGUGACGGGCAGUGACGGGCCGACGAGCGGGUGCCGUGUUCCGUGCCGUGCUCCGCGGUGACCGGCAGUGUGGCCAACGAGUGCGAAGCGUGGCCAAGCCCGAAGGGAAGAGUGACCAUGUGCGCGAAAAUGCGGUGGCACGCUGUCACGGGAUGAGGGACGCGCGUCCGGCCGUCUGUAGUACUGUGUGGUUGUGACCGUGUCCGCGAAAGCCCCCGCGACGCCGUCCGUGACAUCGUCCGUGACAUCGUUAGUGACAGUGGUUUCGGCGUCAAAGGAUUUCCACCUGCGUCGACACGAUGGCGGCGUGGCUGACGGUGCUGCUGCUGCUGCUGCCGGGCUGCCUGCUGCCGGCGCUCGCGCGCUCCCGCCUCUCGCUGGACGACCGCAACAAGGAGUACCUGCCCUGCUUCUUCAACCCGCUGUGCACGUGCAGCAAGUCCGUGCCCGACCUGGGCAUCGUGCGGUGUCGCGACGUGCCGCUGCCGCGCGCGCCGCCGCCGCUCAACGCCUCCAAGGUGUACUCGCUGCACCUGGACAACAACGGCCUGCGCUCCCUGGACGCCCACUUCCUCACCGGGACGGGCCUGUACCGCCUGGAGCUGAGCCGCAACCCGCUGGUGCACGUGGCGGACGAGGCGCUGCUGGGGCUGGAGCGGUCCCUGUCCGAGCUGGAGCUGCCCUGGAACCGGCUGACGUCGGUGCCGAGCCGCGCGCUGCGACACCUGCAGAAGCUGUACCUGUUGGACCUCACCGGCAACGACAUCAGCGAUGUGUCGCACGAGAACUGGCGCGGCCUGGAGCGCUCGCUCAGCACGCUGGUGCUGGCCAGGAACGCCAUCCAGGCCUUCCCCACGCCGGGCACCUUCAGCGCGCUGGCGGCCCUGGAGACGCUGGACCUGAGCGGCAACGCCAUCGCGGAGGUGCACGGCGACUCCCUGUUCAGCGGGCCGCACCGCCUGCAGCACCUGUACCUGGCCGACAACCAGCUGCAGUGGCUGCCGUACCAGCAGAUGGCGCACCUCAGGCAACUCCGCACGCUGGACGUGUCGUCCAACCGGCUGUUCAGCCUGGAGCCGCAGCCCGGCGUGUCGCCGCACGAGACGCGCCUGCGCCUGGUGCUGGACGAGCUGCACCUGGAGCACAACGAGCUGCAGCACCUGCCGCCGCAGGCCUUCCACCACUUCGAGAUGGUCAACAAGACGCUGCUGGACGGCAACCCGCUCGUCGAGAUCCAGGAGAAGGCCUUCCGCGACGCGCACAUCCGCGAGCUGUGGAUCCGCGACUGCGGCCUCUCCUACAUGCACCCCGAGGCGCUGGCCGGCCUGGAGGGCUGGCUGCAGGUGCUGCAGCUGCCGGCCAACAACCUGACGCAGCUGCCGGCGCAGAUGCUGACGCGGAUGGACCAGCUGCGCGAGAUCAACGUGCGCGACAACCGCCUGGACAACCUGGACCCGGACGCGCUGUUCAACGCCUUCCGGGAGCGCGUGCAGCGCGUGGACGUGGGCGGCCGCAGGAACGGCGUCACCAGCCUUCAGGAGUUCAAGAACAUGCGCAGCCUGCGCGCGCUGUCGGUGUCGCGCGUGCCGCAGAAGGCGCUGUCCAUGGCGGACUUCGAGGACUUCGCCCCCGAGCUGGACGAGCUCAAGGUGUCGGACGGCGGCCUGCAGACCAUCAAGAACCACGCGUUCCGCCACGUGCGCGGCCUGCGCUUCCUCGACUUCUCCGACUCGGACAUCAACACCAUCGAGAACGACGCGUUCCAGGAGGUGAGCCACUCGCUGCUGGAGCUGCGCCUGACGCGCGGCCUGUCCAGCUCAAUGCGGCAGGUCCCCGGCGAGGCGCUGCGCCACCUCAACAUCCUCACGCUGCUGGACCUGAGCCACAACCGCCUGCGCUCCGCGUCGCCCAGCGCGUUCCACCCGCUGCGCGAGCUGCGCUCCCUGCUGAUGCGCGACAACCAGCUCGACACGCUGCCCCACCUGGAGGGCGACGUGCACCGCCACCUGGAGGAGCUGGACCUGUCCUUCAACGAGCUGCACGUGCUGCAGCAGCAUGCUGUGUACGACCUGCCGCAACUGGAGCGCCUGGACCUGAGCGACAACCGCAUCGGCCGCGUGGAGAAGCACGCCAUCGCCAACCUCAACAGGCUGCGCCGCCUGGACCUCCGGGGCAACCGCUUGCAGCAGGUGGACCCCGAGGCCUUCCAGAACCUGCCCGAGCUGGUGGAGCUGGACCUGGCGUACAACGACUUGGCCGAGCUGGACUUCGGCAUGCUGGACCAAGUGGGCACGCUGUCGUCCUUCCGGCUCAACGUCAGCCACAACCACAUCCACCACCUGGAGAUGUACCUGGGCGUGGGCCGCGACGCGCACUUCCAGGCCAACGUCAAGAUGCUGGACCUGUCGCACAACAACGUGUCCACCGUGGCCAGGUACUACUUCCGGCCCGUGGAGGAGUGCAUCACGCACCUGCUCAUGUCCUGGAACGCGCUGCGCAACGCCACGCGGGACGUGUUCGGCAACAUGCGCUACCUCACCUGGCUGGACCUGUCCGCCAACGAGCUGCUGGAGAUCGACUUCGACACGUUCCGGAACUCGCGCAACCUGCAGGUGCUGUACCUGGCCCGCAACUACCUGUCCGACGUCCCCACCGAGCUGUUCCGCGCGCUCAGCCACCUCCGCCUGGUGGACCUGUCGCACAACCGCCUGCGCACGCUGCCCGACAACCUGUGGUCCGAGCCGUCCAUGGAGCGCGUCGACCUCUCGCACAACCAGCUCAGCCGCAUGCCGUACAACAGCUUCUCGCCGCAGGCCGCCGCCACCCUGGUCGAGUGGGACCUCUCCCACAACUUCCUGGUCGCCCUCACCUCGCCGGAGAACAUGGGCAAGUUCCGGUCACUGCAAGUCCUGGACGUCAACAACCGCCUGACGCAGCUAGAGGACGCGCCGUUCUCCGCGCUGCCCCGGCUGUCCAUCCUGGACCUGUCCCACAACCCCGAGCUGCGGCUGGAGCCCCGAAGCCGCACCUUCCAGAACAUGCAGGAGUCCCUGCUGGACCUGAGGCUGAGCAACAUCACGCUGCACCAGGUCCCCGAGAUGCCGCUGCCGGCGCUGCAGGCGCUGUGCCUCAGCCACAACAUGCUGGUGCAGCUGCCGCCCGAGAUGGCCAACCACCUGUCCUCGCUGCGCCGCCUCGACCUCAGCUUCAACGGCCUGCCGCAGGUGCCGUUGGUGACGACGCAGCUGCCUCAGCUGCGGCGCCUCAACCUGGCGGGCAACCCCAUCUCCGUGCUGUCCAACACGAGCCUGCUGGGCGGCGCGGAGCGGCUCAGGGAGCUGGACUUGCGGCGCCUGCCGCUGCAGCACUUCGAGACCGGCGCGCUGUCCAAGAUCACCACCCUGCAGAGCCUCAUGCUCACCACCUACAAGGGCGUGCCGGACUUCAACAUCCCCAUGCGCCUGCAGGACAACCACGGGCUGCGCAGCCUGCUCGUUGAGGUGGACGACGAGGGCGAGGACCUGGACGGCGAGAUGCGCGGCACGCUGCCGGACAAGCUGUUCAACAUCACCUUCACCGGGCUGUACCUCCGCUCGCUGCCCGUCGACAUCUUCAUGGGGGUGCGCACGUCGCGGUUCCUGUUCACGCUGCGCAACACGAGCGUGGACUCGCUGCCGCGCGGCAUGUGGGAGCAGAUGGACCACGUGCGCAACCUGACGCUGGACCUGCGCAACAACUCCCUCAAGCACCUGGGCAACCCCAACAUGGCGGCGCGCCCGGACCAGCGCGGCAUGUUCCUGACCAGGCUUCAGAUGGCGGGCAACAAGUGGUCGUGCGACUGUGACUUGGGGUGGGUGGAGGUGUGGGAGCGCAAGAAGAGGCAGUACUGGUGCCCGCGGCCCAGCCGCCCCCUCGGCCCGCCGCCCGCGCACGAGUCCCGCGAGUUCCUGCACUGGGAGUCCAACGUGGACUGCCGCGAGCUGCACGAGGACGACAUGCGCGAGGCGCACUGCGGCCGCGGCGGCCACAGCGUCAUGGAGGCCAUGAAGGGCGACCUGGAGUGCGGCUGGGGCGCGGGCGCGCACCUCGGCCCCAGCGGCCCUCUCGUGCUCCUCAUCGUCGCCUUCUGGACGGUCUUCGCCCGCGCGCUCAACCCCCUGAACCCCGCCCAGUCCUAGUCAGGGGAAGGGGAGAAGUCAAGUCAAGUCGGGGCGGGGCGGGGCGGGGCGGGGAAGUCCUCAGACCCGCCGCCGCGGCGCCCGCUGCGCCAGGCCUAGUCCAGGCCGUUCUGAAUGUCUGAAUCCAACGGAGGGCGGCGCCGCGAGUGCCGCGAAUGGGCACCGCGACACCGCUUUGCCUUCGCCUCACAGUCGCUGGCGUGUGACUGUCCCACUGUUUCGAUUUGCAGCGCGGCGUGGUGGCGAUGGCGAAGGUGGCGGGCCUGCUGGAAAUCACUCGACGCGUCCUAAGCGCGGAGGCGGGGCCCCGGGGCGUCACGGAAUGGAGCGGGUGGGGUGGGGGUGACGCCGAGCUGUCGGAAAGCCAAACUUUGCCCUGGAUCGUGCAUGUGAUAAAGCUGUAGGCUUGCUUUGCAUCUGAAAAAAAAAAAAUUAGUCUGAUUUAUGGGUUUUAUUUUUCAUCGUCGAGUAAGACGUCUUUCGGCGAUGCUGGAUGCAGCAUAAGCAUUUAAAUCGGUCUUGGGUGUUUAACUUAUGGGGAGAUUUCGUAGCUUCAGCAAGCUACCACAUUAUCAGGGUAGAUACUGUAUCAACAACAAAAAUGUAUUUCAUUUGUUUUUACAGUUUUGAAAAAUUGAUUUCUCCUUCAAAAUAAAACGAGACAGACAAAUUAAAAUUUUGACAUGUAAUUAUAUUUUGCUCAUGGUCGGAAGAUAGGGGGUUUACUUGUCCUAUGGAAAUUUAGGCUUUUUGAAGAUAUUUUCUGUACGUGUCGUGUGGGUGGCCUAUCUUUUUGGCGCCCCCGCCACAAAGUUGGGCAACCCUUUCGACACACAGUUUUAUUUAUUUAUUAUUGUGAAGAAUAACGUUGUUGUGAUGUCGCAUUGACUACCGGCUCAUGUGUUCUUUUCCAAACUGUAACUGCAGUUCAUAGUUCAUUUAAGACUGCACAUCAUUUACAAUUACUGCCAUGUCUGUCAUCUGUGUCAUUUCCUUGAGAGGUGUGGCCACUGGAUUAUUUCCACAGGUUUAAACGACAUGGUGGUGCCUUCUCUGAUAUUUUUUAAAUGAUUUUUUUUCUCAUUUCAUUCUGCACCAUUCAAUACAUUUUGUUGUGUGACUCAUUUAUUUAAAUCUACAUGAUCACUGCCGACGAGAGUAGCAAUAUGUCGUAGGUAAACCUAAUGUAAGGGUCAACAGAGGCCUUGAUGCCAGAAGUGAAUUUGGCCUUUGCCAUAUUGAUCUCCUUUCCAAUUUACUGCAUACUUUAAUCAUAAAUUACCAGAUUCUUAACAAAGCUGUUCUACAACUGUUCUUGACUUUAAAUUUAAGCAAAGAUUUCACAUGAGGGGCCAUAUAUAUUAGAUCUGAAUUGAGACCAUGUUUACUAGGCCAACACUUUGUGAUACAACCACAUGCAAUUAUCAUUAGAGUAGCUGCAUCACACUAGCAUCUUUUCAAUUUAAAAUUUACUAGAGUAGGAAGAGAGGCUUUUUUUACAAUGAUUCAAAAGAAUCAUACUGAAUGAGUUCUAAAUUACUUAUUGUUGCAACAUUGAAGAAUUUGAUAACACAAAUAAACAUGGUGUCAAAACAUAUGAUUAGUGGUAAGAACUCCGCUCAGAUUAUACUUUGUGUAAGAGUUGCUGACGUGGAACAAGGAGCAAUUUGAUGCCAACCAAAUCAGUUGUUAUGUUGCUGCAAAGUGUCAAUUUUGCUGCAGGGUUUCAGAAAUUGUAUUUUAAAUAAACGUCAUAUUCUGGCAAAA